GGCACCCCCAGCCGGGCCGCAUGGGGCGGGGCCAGCUGCUGGGGAGCAGGGUGCGGCGGCUGCGGAGGUGGGGACGGCGGCAGCUCCUGCCCCGGUUGCAGCAGCUGCUGCCUCCGCUCCUGCGCCGGCUGAUGCUACGCUGAAGCAGACGGAGGACGCCAUAGCGCUGAUGCGGCGGGUGAUAGCGCUUGAGGAGGCUCGGCUAAAGCAGCAGCAGCUCAAGCGGAAGAAGGGGGCAGCAGGAGCCACCACCAAAGCCGCCAAGGCAGGCGCUGCCGGCGCUGCUUCUGCUGCUCCGGCUUCGUCGCCGCAGCAACAGCAGCAACCGCCAAUCGAGGCCGCAAGUAUCGGUGAUGGUGCCAUCACGACCCAUGGGUCGCAACUCGCAAAGCGGCAACGGGCAAACGGCCAUGCGGCACCAGUAGCACCCGCCGGGACCGUCACAGCUGGCACGUCAGGCGCUGCGAGUCCCGCCUCUCGGAACGGCAGCUCCCAGCCGCAAACGACCCAGGUGGCUAGCCUUGCCCCUGCCGCCACUGCCCCUGCCGCCACUGCCCCUGCCGCCACUGCCACAACCGCCCCUGCCAGCAACGCCGCUGCAGCUGCUGCAAAGGAUCAGACGCCGUACACGUUCGAGGAUGACGGCACCGGACUGUACGACGAAGCAUGUGGCGACCCUGAUCAGGAGCAGCACCAGGAGCAGGGGCAGGAGGGUGGUGACGCUGGUGACGGUGGUGCCGGAGGAACUUACGAGUGCGAGGGUGACGAUGACUUGCUGCUGAGUGACGACCUGCCAGCUGACCUGGAGGGGGAGGGGGAGGCGGGGCCAGGGGCAGGGGCAGGUGGCGGCAGAGGCGACACACCAAGCGGGUCAAAGCGCGCGAGAGACGCCCCCGACACGGAGAGCGGCUCCCCAGCAGGCGCCCAGCGGCCCCGCACCUCGUAGCGGGCCGCUAGCACCGCCAUGAUGAGCGGGGUCCGGUCCCACAUGCGUCCCUCUCGAGUGGAUGUGGGUGUGGCGAGAGGCGGCAGCCGUAGCAGGGGCCACAAGGAGCGGAAGGCGGUGCCUGUGUUUGCAACCGGGAUUGACAGCGGUGUUUAACCUUGUCCAUUUAGGUAUUUUGUGCGAGACGCCCUUUGCGCCCGCUGAGGCGCUAGUUUUGACACAUGGCAGUGUGUUCGGGGGCAGGGCCCCAGCAGAGCCUUGUGCAGUCGCGGCGUAGGUGCCUAUGAGUACAGGCGUGCAGUGUAGGGUGGAUUCAGUGAAUAGGGUGGAUUCACAGGAGGAGCAGCUGUGAGGCUUUCAAGGUCCCCUUCGGACUGGUCUUGGUGAGGGGGCUUUGCCGCGGGGUGGCCUAGCUUGCGAGGUGGGCCAGCACGUGCUUGGUUUCCCAUGCGCUGGGUGCACAUUGCUUGUUCGGGCGGGCGUGCGGAGGAUGAGAGGAGCUGCAAGGCCAGCC